CUCGCGGGGGCGUGUGUCUGUGGAUACGCCUGUGCCGGCGGCCCGUGCCGUGUUUCUCGCGCGCGGCGCGUUCCUCGCUCUGUGAGAGGCUGUGUAGGCUGCUGGCGCGCGUGGCCGUGUGUCGGGCCGGGUUCUUGGUACCGGAGGGAGGCGCGCGCGGCGGUUGUCAUGGCUUCGUUUUUCUUGCUAAUUCUGGCUGCAGCGUCGUGCUGUGUUAGGUUCUUGGCGAGCUUAGCGAUGGUAGCGCUCCCGCGGUCCGUCCUUCCAUAGUUCCAUGUGGUGGUGGUGUGCAGUGUGCUCCCGUCGCCUCUUUCAACCGGCGCCUUUAGUGGUAUUGCCUGCUACGCGGCGGCUCUGUGUCUGUCUCUACGGUAGUGUCUGAGUGUUGGUGCCCUUCUGCUGCAGCAGCAGCAGUGGCUCCCUUUCCACUGAAUUAGUUGGUUCGUGUUGCCGGUAGUUGCUUCAAGCGUAGAAAAAAAAGGUUCCAUUUUUUUGAAGGCUCUGUUUUGAAUAAUGCCGAUUUGAUGUAGAAAUUUAAGGCCGCUGACUGUCAAAUUUCGAAGUGUAGUGAUGGUUGAGUCGGUUCAAUGUUGAUUUUUGGGUACAAAGUUAACCAUACGGCAACCUCACUCUACAACAACGCGGACAUUUGAUUUCCAAGUCGUUCAGUGUUUGGAGCAGAAAUAUAUUUUGUUCAGCUGUGAGGAUUAAUUUAUUGCUUGCAAGGGUUCUGAAGGAAUCAAGAUUCUGAUAUAUUUGCUGGAUACCUCAUUCCCUUGAUUCAAAAUGACGCAAGUGAUUCAUUGUUCUGUCGGCAAUAUUAGCCUGUUUCACAUUGGAAGUUUCAGGGCCACCCGGGAAAUCCAAGUAAGAAGAUUCCAUGGCUCAGCGAGGUAUUCAAGAAUAGUAUCACCAUCAUCUCGAAGACUGCUGCAGCCACAAACAGCAUUUCAUUUGAUCAGUAUUUACAAAAGAAGAAGCUGGUCCUCUGCCCAGAAGCCAAGAACCUUAUCAGCAGCAACUGUUGGGACUGAUGUCACAGUUGAGGACCAAAAUCCAUCUUCCACAGGAGAAACUUCCGAUGAGAACUCUGAGGCUGCACCUGUCACUGCUGAAGCCAGUGAGCAGGCUGAGUCUAGCACGGACCAAGCUUCUUCCGCUCCUAAAUUAGGACGCAACAUACGGAAGAGUGAGAUGCCUCCACUGAACGAUGAGGAUCUAGUUCCUGGUGCAUCUUUUACAGGGAAGGUAAGGUCUAUCAAGCCAUUUGGAGUUUUUGUUGACAUUGGAGCAUUCACGGAAGGCCUUGUUCACAUCUCCCGAGUAAGUGAUGGGUUUGUAAAAGAUAUAUCUUCACUCUUCACUGUUGGACAAGAGGUGUCAGUCAGAUUGCUUGAGGCAAAUACGGAAACAGGGCGCAUCUCUCUGACAAUGCGGGAAGGUGGUGAUUAUGUCAAGCCAAAAAAUGAAACACCUAAGGCUGCAAGCGGUGGGCGGAGUGCCACAACUCCAACCAGAAGCUCACCAAGGCAAACAAAGGAAAGGCAGGAAUCCAAGGCAACAGGCGAGUCAAAGUUUGUACAAGGGCAAUCUCUGAAUGGCACCGUGAAAAAUACAACAAGAUCAGGGACAUUUGUGACACUGCCUGAUGGGAGUGAAGGUUUCCUUCCCAGAGAAGAGGAAGCAGUGGCAUUGUUUACCCUUAUUGGGCAAUCUGCAAUGGAAGUUGGUAAACAGAUAAGGGUUAAAGUAUUGAAUGUGGCACAAGGUCAGGUCACUUUGACGAUGAAAGAGGUGGAAGAUGAUGAAGACGAUUUGAAGACUCUAAACAUGGAGCUUAAGCGGGACUGGUCCAGAGGGACCAAUGCGUUUGAGUUGGCUUUCCGUAGGAACAAGGAGAUCUCUUCAUUCUUGGACCAGAGGGAAAGGACAAAAGUGCCAGAAGCACAAGGAGCUGCUGGAGCAGCAGUGGGCACUGUGCUUGAUGAUGAAGUAGGCAGUGAACAAAGCCAGGACAAGGAGAGCGAAACAAGCAAGGCUGAAUCAGUUGAGGAUGAUAGUUCAGUUUCUGCAACUGAAACUGAAGGCAAAGAGGAGGGUAGCUCUUCCAUAGAAGCUGCCACCUCUAGCGUCGAGGAAGCUGCUCUGGCAGAUGAGGAAAGUGGUGAAACAUUGAGCUCUGUGUCAGAAGUAGCAACUGAUGUUCCUGCCCCUGUAUCUGAGGCCUCUUCUCAGGAGGGAAUUGAGGAUUCUACUUCUGUGGCAGACGCUGCUGGUGACCAAACUGUAGAAUCUGAAAACUCACCCACAAUUGGUGUUGAACUGUCCUCCAAUGGGGCCCCAGAUAGCGCUAGUGUUUCUUCAGUUCCAGAAACUGAGGAUAAACCUGCUGAUCUUGAAGAAUCUUCAGCUGUAGAAGAGGUUCCUGUAACUGCAAGUAGCGGGUCAGUGGAUGACGCAACCAAUGACAGUGUGGAGAAAGAACCAGCUGCUGUCGCCGAGGCUGCACCAGCCUCGAGUGAGAAAACUGGUGCUGAGGCUGCUGCUGCUGGAGUCGAACAAGCAAGCACCACUACAGCCACUAUUUCUCCUGCCCUUGUCAAGCAACUGCGUGAGGCAACUGGAGCAGGCAUGAUGGACUGCAAAAAGGCUCUUGCAGAAUCAGGGGGUGACAUUGAGAAAGCACAAGAAUUCCUCCGGAAGAAGGGGCUGGCGGCUGCUGACAAGAGGGCUGGCAGAGCGACUGCUGAUGGAAGAAUAGGUUCUUACAUACAUGACAGCAGGAUUGGGGUCCUUAUUGAAGUGAAUUGUGAGACCGACUUUGUAUCCCGAGGUGACAUCUUCAAAGAGUUAGUCGAUGAUCUUGCCAUGCAAAUUGCUGCUUGCCCUCAAGUGCAGUACAUCUCUAUUGAUGACGUCCCUGUGGAGGUUGUGAAGAAGGAGACAGAGCUGGAGAUGCAGAGGGAGGACCUCUUGUCAAAGCCUGAACAGAUCCGGUCUAAGAUUGUUGAAGGACGUGUAAAGAAGAGGCUUGGAGAAUUCGCAUUGUUUGAACAACCAUUCAUCAAGAAUGACAAGGUCACAAUAAGUGAAUGGGUCAAGCAAACUAUAGCCACAAUCGGAGAGAACAUGAAGGUCAAAAGAUUUGUCCGGUACAACCUCGGUGAAGGGUUGGAGAAGAAAAGCCAAGAUUUUGCUGCUGAAGUUGCAGCACAGACAGCAGCAAAGCCGUCGCCAUCUGCUCCUCCGAACGACGACAAGCCUGUUGAAACAAUAGAAACUGCUGAGAAGAAGCCAGCUGUGGCGGUUUCAGCUGCAUUGGUAAAACAACUCCGAGAUGAAACCGGUGCUGGUAUGAUGGACUGCAAGAAGGCGCUGGCUGAGACCGGUGGUGACCUUCAGAAGGCUCAAGAGUUUCUCAGGAAGAAGGGUCUCUCAUCUGCAGACAAGAAAUCUUCUCGAAUAGCAGCUGAAGGCCUGAUUGGCUCCUACAUUCACGACAACCGCAUCGGAUGCAUGAUUGAGGUCAACUCCGAGACCGACUUCGUGGCUCGCAAUGAGAAGUUCAAGGAACUGGUGAACGACCUCGCGAUGCAAGUGGUGGCAUGCCCACAGGUUGACUAUGUCUCAGUGGAGGACAUCCCAGAGAGUGUUGUCAGCCAGGAGAAGGAGAUUGAGAUGCAGAGGGAGGACCUGCAGUCCAAACCUGAGAACAUCAGGGAGAAGAUCGUCGAAGGGCGGAUAGCGAAGAGGCUCGGAGUGAUGGCCCUCCUGGAGCAGCCCUUCAUCAAGGACGACAGCAAGACAGUGAAGGAUCUCGUGAAGGAGAUGAUCGCCUCCCUCGGGGAGAACAUUAAGGUGCGGAGGUUUGCCCGGUACACCCUCGGCGAGAACUGAUUGGCACGGAGGUGAUGUCGGUCACAGCCCUGACAUGAGAAGUUGGGCACAUUUUGAUUCAAGAAGGUGCAUAGCUGUUGUUAGUUUGUACUCAGUUCCACUGUAAUUUUGUAUCACCUGUCAUUAUUGUUAGCACUCCUUUGUAGAUGACAAGAGAGGUCAAUAUGUCCAUCAAAGCAUUACGGCAAAUUAAAUUUUAUAUCUUGUUA